UACACUGCAACUGGUGCGCAGUUCGCCGUUUCCGCCAUUUUGCGACCGAAGCAGUAAGUCUACGGAAUACACAACAACUUCGUCACCAUAUUGUCACUUUUUGAAUAAGGAAGUGUUUCCUACGGUACAGUCAUGGACGACAGGGGCGUAGUUAUGAAGCAACCAAUGGGACAAGUGGGCUACCCGGACGAUGCGGCAUUGCAUAUGCAGCCCGCUCCGAUGACCACGCUGGUGACUACUCAGCCUACCACGACUACCAUCAUCAUGACGCAGACUGACUUCUUGCACCCACGUGGCAUACCACGUGACUGGUCCACGCCCCUCUGCGGCUGCUUCGAGGACAUGAUUGGAUGUCUGUGUGCCUUCUUCUGUUUUCCUUGCUACGAGUGCCACGUGUCCUCCAAGAUGGGCGAAAACUGCUGCAUGCCUUUCUGCGUGCCUCACGCCACCCUGGUUAUGAGGGCGCACGUCCGUGGACGCCAUAACAUCCAGGGCUCGUUGAUCAACGAUUGUUGCACCACUGCGUUUUGCUCCUAUUGCGCCCUGGCUCAGGUUUCCCGUGAGAUUGACAACAUGCAAAGCGGACGGGUUGCUCCGUAGAUCCCGGCAAGAACAUCGAUCGCGAGCCAACUGAACGGAGGCAACUAGCAUCCAACAGCUUGAUGAUGACACAGCUUUUUGCUGGUGAUUUAAUUGUCGUCGUAAUUUUUGUUGCAGUUUUGGUAGUGGGUUUUUUUUUUAGUUUUUUUUUUUUUUAGGGAGGACUACAAAGGAGUGACACGUUUGGUUUAACCCCACCACCGGACCCCAAACCACGCUAACUCUGUUUUUUUUUUCACUUAGCGCCUCAUGUAGACCGAGCAUAACAUGACUGUAGGCCAAUGUGGUUGAUUGAUUCAUCGGGGAAUAAAAUAAUACAAGCUGGUACAUUUACAAUACAGUAUACAUGUAUACAGGUGCUGGGUUAAACUGUUUUAUAAAAACGUUAAUUUUUUUAGAGGUUACUGGCAUACAUUCGGAGCAGGUGAACAUUCGGAGCAGGUGUCCCAUGCUGAACUGGGACAUACCCAUGUAGUAGCCCAGCACAUAAUUUUUGCUCAGCAAAACAAACUUAAAGGGAAUGUACAACAUUUGCUUUUGCUUCAAUUUUCAGAAAUAAAUGGAUUUGGAGGAUUAGUAUGUUA